AUGACGAUUAAGGCGUUAAGGACUGUGGCUAAGGCUCAGAAUGGCCUCGGCGCAUUCAUCCUCCAAUGCAAAAAGCUCGACUUCCAUUAUUGCGACUGGGCUGGAAGCUCCAAGGGCAUGAACGGCUUCAUCAAGUCUCUACUUCCCAAGUUCGCUGCCACAAACCCUCAGGUCGAAUUCGCUGUAUCUCCUCGCCCCGGCAAACAUCCCGUUAUUAUUGGACAUUAUAUUAACGGACGCACAAAGCCCAUCUGCGUGCGAAACCUGACACCAUACGAAAUCCUGCAAAAAGUUGAACUGUUGCGCGACGCCAGCGGCGAUAAACUACGAAAGACGAACAAGGCGGUUACGAGCACCAAACCCAGUGUCAGAGGCAUCUGGUCCCCGUACCACGGCAAGGGCAUGGAGGUAUAA